AUGCAUUUACCAAAUUUAGUUAUUAAAAUAAAUAAAUUCUUCAUUGUUGCUUUGGCUUUGGUUGCCGCCGUCAUGGCUGAUGUCUCCGAAUUAUCGGGUGGUUAUGACUAUCAUGCCCCAGCUCCUUCGGCUCCAGUCAACACCUAUAUUCCCCCCGCAGCUUCUGAGCCCGUCAACACUUAUAUUCCACCUGUAGCUGCUUCGGAGCCUGUCAACACCUACAUUCCUCCCGUAGCCGCCUCUGAGCCAGUCAACACCUAUAUUCCUCCUGUAGCUGCUUCGGAACCUGUCAAUACUUAUAUCCCUCCCGCAGCUGCCUCUGCCCCAGAGCCAACUGUUGAAUUGGCUCAAGAUGGUUAUCGUUACAAGACCCACCGUCAUCGUGUCUACCGUCAACGUUUCUAA